GCGAAACUCACUUUAUCCCUUGACAUGAGACCCCGGUAACGAUUCAUACACCUCGAGCUUCGCCAAUUGACCCCAAUGACCUGCCUAUAAUCAACCACUCAACCCUCCAGCACCACCAUCCACCUCUCCUCCCAUCACAAUGCGAACCCGCCGCUCAGCCGCUCCCUCGGAGCAACCCGAACCCCAAUCCAGCUCCGAACAGACCUCAACACCAGCACGAGCACCAACCCAAACCACACCCCUCAAGACCUUCAUCCUCCCCUCCUCCGCCAGCUCCGACGCCCGCUUCCUCACCCUCCCCAACCCCCGAACCAACGCACCAACACGCUACUUCUUCAGCCCCAACCUCGGCGUCUACGAAUUCACCGUAAUCGCCUCCCCACCCCACACCCCCCGAAGCACACUCUUCGCACCCACCAAACCCAACACAAAUCCACAAGCCCACAUCUCCAAAAAAGCCGAACUCCUCGUCGCCACCCCCAUUGACAUCCUCUUCUUCCUCGUCCCCCUCCUCUCCGCACCCCAGAAAACCAAAACCCUAUUCCAACCCCUCGACGACAUCAUCGACUCGCAGGACGAGCUCCCCGCCCACUUCCGCCAUGUCCUCUACGAUGACACCUUCCGCGCGACGCUCCAUGACCGCACCGCUGCUAUUUGCGACUUCGUCGAAGCUGGCGAUGAGAAGAUGUUCCGGUUUAAUGAGAUGAAAUUGCUCACGGAGCUGGUUUCGAAGGCGGAUAGGAUGGUUUCGAUGGGCUUGCCGCCGAGUUUGGAGGAGCGGUUUGUGAAACAGGCGCUUGCGACGCCGUUGAUGGCGGUGAAGAGGGAGGAUGUUGCUGCUGGGGGCGAGAAUAAGGAGAAUGAGGCUGAGGGUGAGGCCGAGCUGGAGAAAAAGAAGGCCGCGGACGAGUCUACGACGACGGAGCAAGUUCCUGAGGGAUUAACCGCGCCGGAUGGCGUUGCGGAUCUAUUGAGGAUAUCUACGGCGUUGGCGUUUAUGAAGGAAUGUUAUCUGUCGAAGGAGAUGAGUGCCCGGAUGGAUGAAUUGCUGGCUGCGCCGGAGACUCCGAGGGAUUUUAAGCCGAUGCGGGAUCACUUGGAUGUUGUGGCGAAGUUGCGCGCGGAGGCGCUCGCGUCUCGCUCGCUAGGGGAUUUCAGCCGGAAGCGGAGUGCGGAGGAUCAGGAGGCGGCUGAAACGCGAGCGGAGAAGAAGCGGAGGCAGGAAGAAGAGGAGAAGAAGAAGAAGGCGGGCGAGUCGAGGGGAGUGCGCGACUUGAAGAAGGUGAAUACGACGGGCAUGAAGAAGAUGAGUGAUUUCUUUGGGAAGGCGGCUGUGAAGAAGAAGACUUAGAGUUACUGCGGUUUUGCGUUGGGAUGCGCGGAUACUGUUGCAGCAUUGGUCGCUGCCAGUCCCGAUGGCUGGCGAAUUUUGGGUCUGCAGACGCUGUUGGGUCUCGACUAGAGCUGACCCUGUAUGGACGGGCAUCGGUCCGGGAAUACUGCACCUCUUAAAGGCAAGUUAAAGGCAAUUGGCGUGGCACCCAAGCCUUUUGCUACCAGGAGUCCAGUGAUGGACAUGAUGGCUGUAGACGUUACUGCCUUCAUGCUUAU